AUGACUGUGUUCUUGUCCAGUGCCCGAGAUGAGAAGGAGAUAGGUUUGUGCAUGAAAGACAUAAAUUCGCCAGCUUUUCACCCAACAAUGAUUUCUCUGUGGGUUACUGAUUCUUUCGAGAGAAAAGACAAAGAGAGAGAUCUCUUAGCAACGCUCCUUGUUAACCUCGUGAAAUCUGCUGACAACGCCUUAACCGAAGUCCAACUAGUGAAAGGGUUUGAAUCAGUUUUGACAACCCUGGAGGAUGCGGUAAAUGAUGCACCAAAAGCAGCAGAGUUUCUUGGGAGAAUCUUUGGUAAAAGUGUGACAGAGAAAGUAGUGACAUUGACAGAGAUUGGUCGGCUAAUCCGUGAAGGAGGAGAAGAAGCAGGAAGUCUAAUAAAGUUUGGACUGGAGACCGGCUGA